AUGGUAAAGAGAAAGCAUGUAGUAGAUUCUGAUAGUGAAGAAGAGUUCAAAGCAACCAAGUUUGUAGAUGUUGAAGCGUCUGAGGACGAGCCAUCGGAGGAUGAAAGCAUGAACUCCUUUAUAAAUGAGCUAGCAGAGGAUGUAGAGGCAGCAGAGGAGGAGGAAGAAGAGCCAGAAGAGCAGGCAGAAUAUGCAGAGGAGAGCGGGGAAGAGGAAGAUUUACAUGACUUUGAAGAGUAUACAAAAACAGUGGAAGAGAGAUACAAAGCAGUGGAUGCAAUGGAGGUCGAAGAAAUACCGCAGCAGCUGCUUUUGCCAACAGAUAAGUCUCCAAAGCUGUGGCUUAUUCGAUGCACUCCUGCCAAAGAGAAGCAGAUUGUUCUGUCGAUCAUCAGAAAGGCCAUCUUGAAUAAGUUAAAUAUAACUGCCGCACUCACAAACGAGCUAGUGAAGGGAUACAUAUAUGUAGAGGCGUACCAGAAACAGCAAGUGCUGCAGGCAAUAGAUGGAAUAUUUGGUGCGUUUAAAACUAACAUAACACAGAUACCAAAUAAGGAGAUGGCAGAUGUUCUGUACAUACCAGAGCUAGAUCCAGUUAUCUAUAAGGAAGGAAAUUAUCUGCGGGUAGUAAAAGGAGUUCAUUCAGGAGAAAUCGCCAAAAUUGACUCGCUUGGCACAGGAAAGGACAAAAUAAUGGUUAUGCUGGUUCCAAAGAUAAAUCAUAAGCAUAAGCUGUUUAAUCCAAAUGACUUUAACAAAUCUGAAAUAUAUAAAAUGUCUAAGAGCACCUGGGUGUAUAAAAAGGAAAUGUAUAAAGACGGGCAUUUGCUUAAGGGGUUGCCCAUAUCCUAUCUAGCUGCAACUCCAGCGGUCACAAAAGAGGAAAAAAAGUGGUUUGAUACGGCAGAGAAUAAAAAGAUAGCAGGAGUGCUGUUUGUUAAGGAUGAGGUUGUAGAGAUCGUGUAUGGUGGAUUAAAAGGCGCGAUUGGAAAGGUAUUGAGUGUUGGCGAGGAGGAUGCGCUCAUCAAGAUAGGAGACAAAAAAAUAAAAGUUUCAUUGUCAGAAAUACGUAAAAAGUAUGCAAUAGGAGAUGAGGUGCUUGUUGUAUCAGGAAGAAAGCGAGGGAAGUGUGGGUUUAUUGUGGGGAUAGAGGGCAAUAAGCUUAUGAUAGGAAUCAACAACUUUACCGAUGAAAUAGAGGCGGAAAUAGAGGAGGUUAAGCUAAGCUCUGUCCCAGAUGCACCAAAAGAAACAGAAAAGGCACCGGGUAAGAUAGCCACCCGGACUAAAAGAGACCCACUUGUUGAUAGGCAGGGUGAAAUAACUGCAGGAGAAUACAAAGGAAAGCGGGGAACUAUCAAGGAUGUGCUACCAAAUGCGUAUAGAAUACAGCUGAUAACCUCCUUGAAGUGUAUAUCUGUAAAGAAGUCUGAUUUCGAGAUACACAAGAGGAACUCAGCACCGCAGAUGAGAGAGACUGAUCAGUUUGAAAAAGAAGAAAUGCUUAAUAGCAUAACACAGGACAAAAAUAGAACAUACUCAGAUGACGAGGACAGCAGCACAACUCCCGUCCAGGAUGAAGGCACGCCUUUAAUAGAAUCAGAGGUGUAUACUCCAACCAAGCCAAUUAACUCUUAUAGCUUUUCAGACGAAGAGUAAUUAAAAUGUAAGUUAGCCCCUAAUGAUAGAAAUCUUUUCCUGCAUAUCAACAGAUUGCCU